AUGUAUAGAUAUGGUGUUGAAUGUCUAUUUCGAUUUUAUACAUAUGAUCUAGAAAAACAUUUUCGUCAACAUGUAUUUGAAGAUUUUCAACAUGAAACUCUUUGUAAUCAUGAAGCUGAUCAAUUAUAUGGUUUAGAAAAAUUCUGGGCAUUUUUAAAAUAUUCUCGACAGAAACCAAAAAUCAAUCCAAAACUUGAAGAAAUUUUAAAAAACUAUAAAAAUCUUGAAGAUUUUCGUGUUGAUGGCGCAUCAUUUCCACAACAAUUUUUUCCAACAAAAUCAAAUUAUAACUGUUCCAGCACCCGAAGCAAUUGCUGCUGCAGUAGCAAAGAACAGUGA